AUGACUUCGCUCCUAUCAGCUCUACGCGCUGCAUUUCCUACUCCCACUAGCACAGAUAUCUCUAUCAAUCAAAAUGCAACAAUUCAAGACGUUUCGCAGCUCUCACCGCCGUCUAUGGACAAAGCUACAGUCGAUCAAAGACGAACAUUUCGUGACCCAUUUCUAUCGUCGGAGAAACUAUGGAAUGUCUCACUCCCUACGCACCACAACGAUCUGCUAAAGGUUCUACAGGUAGAACAUGAUACGCUCCGUGCAGCAAACGAGCGUGAAGCUGCAGCGGGUGCUGUAGGUGCCGUCGUGACCUCCAAAAGACACAAGCACAAGGAAUCCAAGCCCUUAAAGACCAAGAAAAACGCAGUGGAGAUGCUUCUAGAUGCCUGUGCCAAACACACGGCUACUAACAGGGACAACUGUUUCUUAACGACACUGGAACUGGCUGAAUCUGUGCUGCAAACGGUGCAGGACGGUCGCGGAGAUGCUGAUGAUAGGGUACAGGCUCAGCUCUUUGGACUCGUAGGAGUAGAAGGCAUGGAACUGAUUUCAUUUGCAGUACAACACCAGAAAGAACUAGGAGAUUCAUUCAUUACCAAAGAGAAGUUACGUGAGGCACACAAGAUGCUGGAGAUGGCGGACAAGUUUGCAGAGUGUGGAAGUACAGCAGCAAGAUCGAUGGGGUUUAGUAUUCAAACGGAAACGGAGCAAAAGUUUCAGCGACAACAACGCAAGGCUCAACGGAGGUCCAAGCGACGGAAUGGUGGCGAGGUAGAAGAGGAUGUGAACUGGUUGGAAGCGGCGGGAUACGAUAUGGAAGUGCUGAGAUUGCAGAGAGAGAGCGCGGAAGAGGAAAGGCGACUGCAGUCUUCGUCUCUGGUGCAACGUGAGUUUGGAGAGCUACAAGGAGGAUACGAUUCGAAUGCUGCAGCAGGUCAAUUGACGUCAGCGGGAGCUCUCGUACUGCCUUCCAACACUAAGAGAACACAUUACAAAGGCUACGAGCACGUGUUCAUCCCUGCUCACGCUAAAAAGGCACUGGAUACGGAAGAAAAGCUUGUGGCGAUCUCAAGCCUUGAUAGCUUUGCGCAAACUGCGUUUCAUGGAAUCACAGAGCUCAACCGACUGCAGUCCAAACUCUUUGAUGCGGCAUACAACUCGAAUCAAAACUUGUUGGUGUGUGCCCCAACGGGUGCUGGUAAAACCAAUGUGGCUAUGCUUUCUGUCCUACAGGAGGUAAAAACUCAGAUUAACCACCAUCAAGAUCAGUCCAUUAGCCACGGAGUGGCCAACAUGAAGAUUAUCUAUGUAGCCCCCAUGAAGGCAUUGGCACAAGAAGUGGUCACAAAGUUUGGUCAGAGACUACAGACUCUAAAAUUAAGAGUGCGUGAACUUACGGGUGAUAUGCAGUUGACAAAGAAAGAGAUUGAAGAGACUCAUGUAAUCGUGACCACGCCCGAAAAGUGGGAUGUCAUUACACGCAAGUCGAGUACCCAGCAAUCGCUGCUUAGCCAAGUAAAGCUCCUGAUUAUUGAUGAAGUUCAUUUGCUUGCGGACGAGCGUGGCCCUGUUAUUGAAACUAUCGUAGCUCGUACGUUGCGUCGUGUCGAGAGCACGCAGAGCAUGAUCCGUAUUGUUGGACUGUCAGCUACUCUACCUAACUACGUUGACGUCGCGUCAUUCUUGCGUGUUUACGUCCCUAGUGGAGAUGCUCGUAUGCAAAAUGCAGCUACAAAUGGCGGUAAAGGAGGGUUGUUCUUCUUUGACUCGACGUACCGACCUGUACCGCUGGAUCAAACGUUUAUUGGUGUGAGCACGAAUGCAAACCUGAAAGAGGCUCUGGGUUUGAGUGCAGCAGCACUCACGACGGUGACAACAAGCCAAGAGAACCGUACUGAUGAGAAAAAAGGCGCAGGCGCUAUCAUGAGUCGCCAGCGUCAAAUUCAAUUGAUGAUGAACAAGCUCACGCUCGCUCACUGUUUGAAACAAGUUCAGCACAAGGAACAAGUGAUGGUGUUUGUGCACUCACGAAAAGAGACGGCAGCUACGAUGCGCAGCAUCAUCGAACUUGCGCGCGGUAAUGAAGAGAAGCCCGGUACGCUCGAGGCAUUUUUGCCGCCUCCAGAGCUACAAUUGCCCAUUAGUCUACAGGAUCGCGUUCAAAAGAGUCGCAACAAGGAACUCAAGGAGCUGCUAGGAUACGGCAUGGGCAUUCACCACGCUGGAAUGCUACGUAGUGACCGUAAUUUGACGGAACAGCUUUUUGAGUUGGGCUACAUCCGUGUGUUGUGUUGCACGGCAACAUUGGCUUGGGGUGUGAACUUGCCGGCACACUCAGUCCUUAUCAAAGGCACCCAAGUGUACAAUGCCGACAAGGGUGGCAUGACGCAACUGAGUAUGCUAGAUGUGAUGCAGAUCUUUGGCCGUGCUGGACGUCCGCAGUACGACACAAGCGGUGAUGCUGUUUUAGUGACCACGCAAGAUCAACUGCCACACUAUCUACGGUUGCUUACUACAGGAAUCCCGAUGGAGUCGGCUCUGAUCAAAUCGUUGCCUGAUCACUUGAAUGCCGAGAUAGUUUCCGGUACUGUAAGCAAUCUAGAAGAGGCAUGCACAUGGCUCAGUUACACGUAUCUGUACGUACGCAUGCGGAAGAAUCCACUGGCCUACGGAAUGAAGAUAGACGAUGUAAACGAAGAUCCAAUGCUGACAUCUCGACGGAGACAGCUGCUCAUGGAUGCUGCAGAGAACCUGGCAGCAUGUCGGAUGAUUAAAAUCCUUCGCGAGAAAGUUCAAUUGGGCUCUGACCAAGAAGGCAAGAUUGCAUUUGCUGUAACGUCAAUGGGACGUGUAGCAAGCCACUUUUAUAUUCAGCACACGUCCAUUGAGACUUUCAACAAUCUUCUCGAUAGCAAGGCAGGUCAAAAAGAAAGCGGUGACGAUGAUUUGGACUGGGAAAAGGUGCUGCUGGUGCUCUGCAGCAGCAACGAGUUUGAACAACUGAAGUCACGUGAGGAAGAGAUGCCGGAGUUGGAGAAACUUAAGCGCAAAUUCUGUCGUUUCGACAUUCUGGGAGGCGGUAUGGACACUUACACUGGAAAGACGAACAUUCUUCUGCAGAGUCUUAUCGGUCGUGCUCGUGUGUCGACAUUUACACUCAUCUCGGACACGAAUUACGUCGCCCAGAAUGGUUCUCGUGUGUGCCGUGCGCUGUUUGAAAUCUGUCUGAAGAAAAAUAGUGCACGGAAGGCUGAGAAGUUCCUGCAACUUGCCAAGUGUAUUGACCAGAAGAUGUGGUGGGAUCAGAAUGCAAUGCUGCAGCUCCCGCAUGUGCCGCUUGACAUCGUUGGAGAGUUUGACCGCUGUCACAAUAUGACUCUGUACGACGCGAUUGCUGAUACUAAUGCUUUCAAUUUGAGCGCCAAGAUGAAGAAAUGGGUACAAAGCGUUCCGUUCAUAGAUAUUGACAAUGUUCGGACUCAACCAUUCGGUAGCACGAUGAUCAAGCUUGCAUUCGAGCUUUAUCCUCUGUUUAUCGAGUGGAAAGAAGGCAUUUUUCAGGGCAAAACGUUGUCUUCUUGGCUCUGGGUUGAAGACGCUAUCACUGGCUACAUCUACCAUUCAGAGUACUUUGUCCUUCACCAGAGUCGUUUUGUGGGAUGGAAAGCUGGCACUCAGACUCUUGAGAUGGAAUGUUACCUGCCGGUGUUUAUCUCACAGACGCAAGCGGAGGCAAAUUACGUAAUUCGCAUUCUAUCCGAUCGUUUUGUUGGAAUCGAGUCAUUUUACGAAGUGAGCUAUGCACCUGGUGAAAGUAAUAUUGCUGAGAUGAAGAAGCAAAAAGCUGACAUGUACACGAAGCUUCUUCGGCUGCACCCGCAACCUCUUCAGUCUCUUGACGAUCCUGUUUACCAAGCAUUGUACGUUGGCAAGUUCCAAUACUUCAAUCCGAUCCAGACGCAAGUGUUCCAUCAGCUCUACCAUCAAAAUGGAAACGUGCUGCUCUGUGCACCGACAGGUAGUGGGAAGACAGUGUGUGCUGAGCUAGCAAUGCUACGGGUGUGGAAACAGCAGAAUAGUAGCGAAAAUGCUGAUAGUAACGCUGAGGGCUCUUUAGAUGCUGAUACAACGCAGACACGCCGUAGUCGUCGCUCCUACAAGUCGCUGAUUGUAUAUAUUGCGCCAAUGAAAGCACUUGCUCGCGAGAAAGUGACAGAAUGGAAGGCUCGGUUUGAAAACAACGCGCAUUUGCGCAAAAGGGUGGUUGAAGUGACUGGUGAUACACUCGUCAAUGUGGAGUUCAUAUUGAACAAGGCAGACAUUGUGGUCACAACUCCGGAGAAGUGGGAUCUGCUCACGCGUAGCAGUACGGUCGGUCGUGCUUUGAUGACUCAAAUGGCACUUGUUGUCGUGGAUGAGGUUCAUUUAGUGGGUGAGGCACCACGCGGUGCCGUAUUGGAAGUACUAAUCAGUCGUCUUAGGCGGUUCAAGCGCUCUGGUCUGCCAAUUCGCUUAAUCGGGCUGUCCACCGCUCUUGGAAAUGCAGGCGACGUAGGUCGAUGGCUGGGUGGAAUCACUUCAAGUCACGCAAACAAAUCUGACGAUGGCCAGGCAUACAACUUUCGAGCGUCCGUGCGUCCAGUACCGAUGGAUGUGCACAUUCAGGGUUUCCCAGAGCGUCAUUAUGUGGCACGCAUGGCUGCAAUGAACAAGCCUACCUUCAUGGCUAUCAAGACUCACUCUCCUGAUAAACCUGUGCUCAUUUUUGUGUCAUCCAAGGCACAGACCAAAUUGACGGCUCUCGACUUGAUCCAGUUCUGUGUUGCUUCUGACGAAAAUGGUGAUGGAAGUAAGCGCUUUUUAAAGAUGGAUGAAGCAGUUAUGGAGUCAAUAUGUCAAUCGAAUCAGAUUGUGGACGAGUCCCUAAAGCACACGCUCUCCUUUGGUAUUGGUCUUCAUCACGCUGGAUUGGCACGGAGAGAUCGCGAAUUGGUUGAAAAGCUGUACAAGGAUCGUCUUAUUCAAGUCAUAAUCUCGACAUCAACACUUGCAUGGGGGGUCAACCUUCCGGCACACCUUGUUGUGAUUAAGGGUACUGAGUACUUUCAUAGUGGUAGAUACCGUUCCUACCCCUUGAGCGACUUGCUGCAGAUGAUCGGUCGUGCUGGCCGUCCGUUACUGGAUGACAAAGGAAUUGCGUGUGUGUUGGUGGAAGAAAGCAAGAAGAACAUGACACAGCGAUUCCUAUACGAGCCUCUAGCUGUUGAGUCUUGCCUGGGUGGUAAUGCCAUGCCCUAUAUUCUGGCUAACCAUUUAAACGCCGAGAUUACAGCAGGAUUCAUUCAUAACGCUAAGGACGUAAUGGAUUACUUGAGCUGGAGUUUGUUGUUUCAGCGUGUGCUGAAAAAUCCUAGCUUCUACGGUGUGGGGGCGGACGUGGUGGCAAAUGAGUCGUCCAGUGCAAAACUUGGCAAGCAUGCCACGCAAGACAAGCAGCACAAAAGUUCUACCAAGCAAGACAAGUUAGAAACAUUCUUUCAGCAGUUGAUAGCGACGACGAUGCAGCAGCUCGAGUCCAGUCAAUGCAUCACCACUUCGCAAGCUGGUGGCAUGGUAUCCUUUGAGCCAACCUUUGCUGGAAAGCUUGCUGCGUCACUCUACGUGGAUGUACGCACCGUGUCCAACAUGCUAACUGCUUUGAAAGCAAUAUCAUCUGAGAAAGAUGGGGUGAGCACCACAGCAGCGAACACGUUACGGCUGCUAUGCGUGAUUUGUGAAUCCAGUACGGAGCUUCGUGACAUCCCGCUGCGCCAUAACGAGGUCAUGAGCAAUCUGAUUUCCGAUAUUUGCACAAAGGUGAAAUACUCGCCGUUGAAGCAUUUGUUCUCGAGCUCUCCUAAGCGUCAGAAAGCACUACUGGAGACGCAUGGGAGUGAGGUGAAGGCACUGCUAUUGCUGCAAAUGCAUUUGAUGGGUAUGCGUCUGCCGUCGAGUGACUUUAUGAACGAUCUACAAACGUUGUUGGACCAUUUGCCGCGUUUGCUGAGUGCUGCAAUCGAUCUUUGUGCUUUUUUAAAGCUUACAGACCUGGUUUUUGCUGGGAUUCGUUUGUCACAAGCUGUCGUGCAAGGCCGAUGGCCGGAUGAAACAAAUUUAGAUGGAGGGACUGCACUGACUCAGCUACCGUAUGCAUCUCAAUCUGUGGUGAAACUCCUGCGCGAGCAGUUCCAGGUAUCACAAAUCACUGAUCUACAAGCAGCUUUAGAGGUGAAGAAUAAGAAAGCGCAGAUCAUUGGAUGCCUGCAGAAUUUGCAGACGCAACAGCAGAGGGGACAACCUAACAGUCUGACGAAGCACAAGAUCGACGAGUUGAUUCGCGUUGCAGAAGAGGUACCGCGGUUUCGGGUAGAUCUGCUAGUGAAGCAGAAGCAGCAACAACGAGUGGUUGACGUGGAAUUGACAGGUCUCAAUAAUCGCGGUGGCAGGAAUCUUGCUUUCACGUCUCGACUGCAGAAACCCAAACCGUACGGCUUCUACGUUCUUUUGACAACUAAGACGGAGGAGGCUACGAAGUGCACGUUCUUUCGGAUGCAAUUGCUGGUAUUGACAGCUCGUAUGUUGUUGAGGCCUAAGCUAGCUGGACGGUCGUGGCUUUUACGUAUCCAACCUUUGUCACGGGACGUGGACAAGGAAAUAGUAAUGGGCGGAGCAGUCGCUGGCACGCUGUCGCGGCUGAAGGCAUUGCGAGAUUGA